AUGGCACGUUCAACAAUCCCACCAACCAGUCCUCACUUCUUUAAGCCCAUUCUUCCUGAUUCCCACCAAGAACUGGUGAUUCCAUCUUCUUUCUUGAUCAAGUACUUAUUGGAUGACACUCGCGAUGAACAUUGCAAGCAAGCCGUCUUGAAAAGCAGCAGCACCGGAAAGAAUUGGCUGGUAACGAUGAACGGCCGCUGUCUGGAAGAUGGUUGGCCGGAGUUUGCCAGAGACCAUGACUUGCACGUGGGCGAUUUCUUGGUGUUCAGGCACGAAGGGAACUUGGUGUUUCAUGUUAUGGUCUUUGACGUAACGGCCUGCGAGAGAAAAUACCCACUGUCUGAUCAUCAUGAUGAUCAAAGUCAAGAUACGGAUCAAAGUUUCAAAUCAGGCCCUCUGAAAGAUUUCCGACAGCCUAAAGAUGUCUUCAAGAAGAAGCCAGAGCAUCCCUGUUUUUGGGGCACUGUACCAUUUUUUAAGUAUCCUAAAAUGUGUAUACCAUCAUCCUUUGCGAGAGCAAAUGGUUUAAGUGGCAGAUGCUCUAAGAUGAUCUUAAUAAACGAAAAGGGGAAAUCAUGGCCAGUGAAAUUAUGGUACAAAAAAUGUGAUGGCCGACUUUGUAUUAGCCAGGGUUGGCUUGCCUUCCAAGUUGCAAACGGCUUAAAGAGUGGAGACGUACUGAUAUUUGAGCUCAUUGAGAAAGGUGCCACACCCAUUAUUAAUGUUCAUGACAUCUCUCGCACAUGCCUUCAUCCUUAUUUUGUUGAAACUAUGAAGCCGACCAACAUCAAUUAUUCUUAUUUGGUUAUUCCUAUGAAAUUUGUAAGAGAGAAUGAUUUAUGGGAAAAAAAUUGUGAGAUAUUCCUCAGAGAUCAACAAGGUAGGUCAUGGCCUGUGACAUUGAUCCACAAAAAUGAUGACCGAGUUCAUAUUAUAAAUGAUUGGAAUAAGUUUACUGUGGCAAAUGACAUAAAAGUUGGAGACAUCUUUGUGGUAGAGCUUGUUAAGGAAGGAGCGAAACUUGUUAUGAACUUCUUUUCAUGGAAGGAAUUCUUUGCACAAUCAUUAGAGAGUAAGCAUUAG